AUGGAGGUCCACAAUGACCCGGCCUGCAGCUCUGCCCCUUACACCUGCCAACGAUCUGUCAGCCUCUUCCUGCCAUGGGAGGGUGAGGUUCGGCUGCACGCCACCAACGUGACCUUCAAAGGCCAAAGUUUGCAGUUGCCUCAUCACAUCCACGACCUGCAGCUGGAGCAGAUCUCACAGUACGUUCUGGUGACGCAGCAGCACGGCUUCACGCUGGCCUGGGAGGGACACAGCGGCUCCGUCUACAUCAAACUCAGCCCAGAGUUUGUGGGCAGAACCUGCGGACUGUGUGGGAACUUCAACGCCGACGUCCAGGACGACCUGAAGACGAGUUAUGGUGUGCUGACUCAUGACAUAGAAAUGUUUGGGAAUAGCUGGGUGGAGGCGGAGCCACACGAGACCAGAUGUCCCAUGGUGACUUCUGACUUCUCUUCACCCUGUGCUGCAGUCGAAACUCAUGUCCUGCUGAAAGUGGAGGAGGUGUGUGCAAUGCUGCUGGAUCCGCCAUUUCAGAGCUGCCACGACUUUGUCAGCCCGCUGUCCUACAUGGCCAGCUGCUCCAACGACCUCUGCAUGUCGGGUCCCAACGGUGAUGUGGUAUGCCAGGUGUUCAGCGAGUAUGCCCGGGCCUGCGCCCACGCUGACCACCCACUGCACGACUGGAGGCAGCACAUUCCUCACUGUGCAAAGCAGUGUUCCCUAGGUCUGCAGUACAGAGAAUGCAUCAGCUGCUGCCCGGCGUCCUGCAACAUGGAGCGAACAUGCAUCGACAGCAAGCUGGCCUGCCUGGAUGGUUGCUACUGUCCUGAAGGUCUGAUCUAUGAGGACGGAAGCUGUGUGACGCCCUCUGACUGUCCCUGUGAGUACCACGGCAUGUUUUAUCCAUCUGGACAGAUGCUGCAGGAGGAAUGCAACAACUGCACAUGCGUGGGUGGAGUGUGGAACUGCACCGACUACAGCUGCCCAGGCGAGUGCUCGGUGACGGGCGAUAUGUAUUUCCAAUCCUUUGACGGAAGGCUCUACACCUUCCCUGCAACAUGUCAAUAUGUCCUCGCCAAAAGUCACAACUCCGGGAAGUUCACAGUCACCAUCCAGAACGCCCCCUGUGGAGCCAAUUUGGAUGGGGCCUGCAUCCAAUCAGUUAACCUGGUUAUUGACGAGGAUCCAAGAACGGAGAUUACACUGAGUCACAUUGGAGAGGUCUUCAUGGCCGGACAGUACCGCAUCUCCCUGCCCUAUUCUGAUGACACCUUCCACAUCCAGGAGCUGUCGUCCAUGUUCCUCCAGGUGAAGACGGCGUUUGGCCUGCGUCUGCAGUACAGCUGGAAGGAGUUUCGCCUCUACCUGCAGGCCGACGAGCUUUGGAAGGACGACACGGUUGGCCUGUGCGGCACCUUCAACGGCAACAUUCAAGAUGACUUCCUAUCUCCAUCGGGUAUGAUAGAAAGCACUCCUCAGCUAUUUGGAAACGCCUGGAGAGUGUCGUCAGCCUGUUCGGCCAGCCUGAGUACGCCUCAGCUCGAUCCUUGUGACACGCACCAGCAGGCCGUGGCCUAUGCCUCAGAGAUGUGCGAUAUACUGAACCAGGAUCUGUUCUCCGCCUGCCACGAGUACCUCAGUCCGACAUCCUUCCAUCAGCAGUGUCGCUCAGACACCUGUAAGUGCGGGACGCCUUGUCUCUGCUCUGCACUGGCCCACUACGCACGCCACUGUCGCAGAUUCUCCGUCAUCAUUGACUUUCGAUCGCAGAUAACCGACUGUGCGGUCACCUGUCCUGCCACCAUGCAGUACGGCACCUGCGUGUCAUCUUGCCAGCGCCGUUGCUCCGCCCUCUCUGUCCCGCAGCACUGUGGGGAGGAGUGUGAGGAGGGCUGCGUCUGCCCUCAGGGAUCCUUCUACAACCAUCGAACCCACACCUGUGUGCACAGGAGCGAGUGUCCCUGCAGUUUCCUCGGAGCAGAUUACGAGCCUGGAGAUGUGAUCAUGACGUCAGCAGGUGUUCAACUCUGUCUGAACGGUAAAUUGGUGUCCCAGACAACAGACGGUGACAGGUUGUGUCCAGCUGGUCAGUUCUACCAGAACUGCUCAGAGGGGGACGAUGGCCUCCUGUCAGGAAGGGGUGUGGCCUGUGAGCGCACCUGUGAAUCCUACCUGCUCAACCUCACCUGCUCGACACAUGAGCCCUGCGUGGCCGGAUGUACCUGUCCUCCUGGUUUGCUGAAACAUGGAGACGAGUGCUUUGAACCUGCAUCCUGCCCCUGUCUAUGGAAAGGAAAGGAGUAUUACCCCGGUGACAGAGUCUCGUCCCCCUGCCAUCAGUGUGUUUGCCAGCAUGGGACGUUCCAGUGUGUGUUUCAUCCGUGUCCAUCCAUGUGCAUGGCUUACGGUGAUCGCCACUACAGGACGUUUGAUGGGCUGCUGUUUGACUACGUUGGUGCAUGCAAAGUCUAUCUUGUAAAGAGCAGCGCUGAUGUAAUGCUCAGUGUGUCAGCUGAGAACGUCGACUGUUUCGACAGCGGAGUCAUCUGCAGGAAAUCUCUGCUGAUCAACAUCGGCAGAUCCUUCAUAGCAUUCGAUGACGACACUGGGAAGCCAAAUCCAUCCAGUGUGAUUGACAGGAAGCAGAUGAUGUACAUCUGGCCAGCCGGAUACUUUACAGUGGUUCAUUUCCCAGAGGAAGACGUCACAGUCCUCUGGGACCGCAAGACCACAGUCCACAUCCAGGUUGGACCCAGUUGGCAGGGGAAGCUAAGCGGGCUGUGUGGGAACUUUGACAUGAAGACGGUGAACGAGAUGCGGACCCCCGACAACAUCGACUCCCCAACUCCACAGGAGUUUGGAAACAGCUGGACUGCAGUAGAGUGUGUGAACAGUCCAGAUAUCAGACACCCCUGCAGCCUCAGUCCGCUCAGAGAGCCUUUUGCAAAGCGUCAGUGUGCCGUCCUGCUUGGUGAGGUCUUCCAGGCCUGCCACCCAGUGGUGGAUGUGACCUGGUUCUACAUGAACUGCCUGGCAGACACGUGUGCCUGCAGUCGUGGUGGCGACUGUGAGUGUUUCUGCACCAGCGUGGCGGCAUACGCCCAGCGCUGCUGCCACCAGGGCGUUCCUGUCGACUGGCGCACCCCGUCUCUGUGCCUUCUGGGGAAAGGUCCCUUCAGGCUGAUCACCUUCAGGGAUCGGACGACGCUGUUGGCAGCCAGCAGGUCCAGUGGCUCUGUGUUCCUGCAGCGGGGCAACCUGAGCACCACUGCCGCCCCUGGAGUCCUCUCGCAGUUCAUGAUGACGCCAGGCCUCAGCAGAGCCCGACCACACGACACAUCGCGGGUGUCCUUUGAGGCAGCCGACCGGCCGAACUACUUCUUGUAUGCGAGCCCCAGCGGCCAGGUGAUGCUGGCCAAGUGGGAGGAGAGAGAGGCAUUCUGGGACGGAGCAACCUUCGUCCUCCACAGGAACACCUGGAUCCCCGGCUAUGACUCGCUGGAGUCCCACGCCAAACCCGGCUUCUUCCUGCAUGCCACGCUGGCCCGCCUCCACCUGCUCAAAUACAGACACACUGACAGCUUCCGCAAGGCCACGCUGUUCAGACUGACAGACGCCCCGCCCGCUCCUCGGUGUCAGUGGAGGUAUGAUUCCUGCGCCAUCCCCUGCUUCAAGACCUGCAGCGACCCGUCAGCUGAAGCCUGCGUCACCAUCCCACAAGUGGAGGGCUGCCUUCCUGUCUGUCCCCCACACAUGGUCCUGGAUGAGGUCACCCGUCGGUGUGUCUAUGUUGAAGACUGCAUUAAGGUCCCAGUUGCUGUGCAGCCUCUAACACCAUCCACUGCUCAGCCGACCUUUGCAGCUGUCACUUCUGCAACCACCACAAGCAGUACUGCCUCAACCACACCCCUCAAAACCACCACCACCACCACCACCACCACUGCUGCCACAUCCUCCACACAUCCACACACUGGUCCUACCACUAAAAUCACCACCACCACUCCCGCUGUGAUUGCACAGACAACGUCUAUGGCACCACCCGCCCCUGAUGAGCCGACCCGUCCAGUCACCAUCUCUCCUUCUGCAGCUCCUGAACUUUCUAGAACAGCAGGACCCCCAUCUCCCCCAACAGCGCCUCCUACUGUCAGGCCAGCGGUGGGGGAGCCUCUGUCUACUGUCAGAGUGACUGAACCCCCACCCACCUCUGUAACAGGUACAACAGCAUGGACGACCAGAGCUGCAACGAUCCCCAUUGGCCCAAGCACGUCCAGGACAAGCAGCGCUCCCUUCGCCAUCACAGCUCUGUUCUGGCUCACCUCCUCCACCAAGCCCACCGACCUGCUGCUGCCUCGCUUCACCACCACUGCCACGACCCCACAACCAUCUACCACUGCAGCAUCGACCACAAGCUUUGUCAAAGGGCCAACCACCAUCAGUACCUCUCCUCCUGUUGUCGUGCACACAACCAAAGAGACCACAGAGGCUACUACGCAUUCAGCAGCAGUUACUUCAAUUGUAACCGCUUCCAGUUCAAGUCCUACACCAGUCUCAGAGACGUCUAUAGUUACAGACAGGACUACUGUGCCCAGUACAGUUACCACCGCAUACACAGAACCCACCACAAAGCCUGUAACAGCGGAGCGACUUCCCCCAACAACAACUACACCCAGCCCUCCGGGUUUAUCAAGCACAGCCGCCACAACCUCUUCACCUCUCCAGACUUCACCUCCUGUGGAAACAAGAACUGUAUCUUUGCCUAUAAUCACUUCAGCUAAAACCACGGAAUCAGUCACACCAGUUGCCCCUUUCACCACCAGUAAAACAACACAGUACAUCAGUCCAGAGACAACAUCACCACCUGGAACCACAGAGAAGAUUCUGCACAUCACUCCUACUGAAGUGACGACUUCUACAACAACUGCUCCUGAGUUACCAAUGUCAACCCCAAUCCAUGUUGUCCCGACUACAACUGUACCAUCUGCUCCUACCUCAGCUACUACAGACUGGAGAACAACAACAGAGAAGGUGACGGGAAUAGAAUCCACUGUGUCUGAAAUACCUGUAGCUACCACAACAACGGCUGCACCUCCCCCUCUGAAGAUUACAGACACCACAACUCCUCUUGUGUCCACCUCCACAACUUAUUCUGAGAGAACCUUCUGGUCCACUGCUGCCCCAACUACAGAGAAAACCACUCAGACCACAACUUCAAGACCUCCAGAGUUUCCAGAGACCUCCACUGUGUCCACAGGACCCGCUGUCACAACAGAACCAACUGUUCAGCCAGUGUCUCUGACAGAAACCACUACUGUACCACUUUUACCAACAACAGAGAGCUCCACCCAUCCUGCAUCUACCAUGCAGACGUCUGAGCCAUGGCGUCCCCCCCAUUGGGAGACUUCCUCCACCCUGUUAUACAGCCCAACAGCGAAGACUACCCCCCAGGUCACAUCAGAAAUCCAUGUAGUCACUUCCACUAAAACUACUGAAGUGCCUCACCUUCCUGUAACAUCAAAGACAGUUGUCACCUCUGCGACAUCAGCUGUUGCCACACCUACUACCACAACUGCCAAAACUACACCGUCUCUGGAAAUCUCCACUGCAGAAAUUGCUGCCACCACAACCAGAAAACUGGUUACACCUCCACCUGGUCCUGAUAUUCCUGAGACACCUCUCACCACGCUCUUCACAAGCGCUCCACCAGGUGUCGUUACCACCACUCUCAGACCUGUCGUUAUACAGCCGAUUACAGAGACAACGCAACCAGUGACUGGCAGAGUUGAAGUGUCAACAAGAGCUACAACCACGCCGCCUCCAUCUUGGUCUCCGCUACAGACAACCACUUCCACCACAGCUCCAAGGUCAACGACUUUCCUGGACAAAGUCACCACCCGGCUGGUGUCCACUGCAGAAGCUACACCUGCUACACCAACUACCACCCUCACACGGACAACCACAAUCAGAACGACACCCAGAGUUCCUGUGACAACCAGAGUGACCUCCAGAAUCACGGCGACUCUGAGGUCAACCAUCAGGCCCAUCACUGCUCGGAUUACCAUAGCAACGAGGCCUCCAGCAGUAACCAUCAGAUCAACUACUCUCGGCCCACUGACGGUCACACCAAGCCCUGGCACAACAACUGUGUCAGGUGUGCCAACUACAACCAUCACAACAUCUGCCAAGUCGGUCACUACAGCGAGCACGACCGAACGUGUCGACACAACUGCAGCGGUUCCUCGCCCGACCACCAUAACCGCUGGAGUGCCUGUUCCUACUCUAACAACAGUCACAGCAUCUACAGCUCUUCCCACGACAACCACCAGAGAGUCAGCCACAUCCGAGAAAACCCUGACAACCAAAGAGACUGACAUGUCACCAUUCUCAUCUCAACCAGUGACGCCUCCACCUGAUACAAUGAUCUCCACCCAGAAGCCCGAUUUUUCCGCUUCCACCACGACUUCACUCCCAGCAACCACCUCGAUCCAAACUACUGAGCAGGACAGAGUUGAUCGUACCAGUCCAGGUGCAACAACGCUUCCUCCUGCACCUCCAUCACCUUACACACCUUCGGAAACAACCGGACACACAUCAGAGAGGGCGACGUCCAUGGCUGUGUCACCUACAAGGAUGUGCACUCCUCCGUAUGCAGAGAUUGUUGACGAGUGCACAAAGUACAUCUGUGUCAACAACCAACUUGUCCUGUUCAACAAAUCCCAGAGCUGCCCCUUCACCUCGGACCCUCCCAACUGUGGCCUGCUUGGCUUUGCUGUACUGGUCAACGGAGACAAGUGUUGCCCCCAGUGGGACUGUCCAUGUCGCUGCUCCAUGUUUCCUGAUCUGAAUGUGAUCACAUUUGACGGGAACAGCGUUGCCAUCUACAAAGCUGCCUCAUACAUAGUGACCCAGCUGCCCAAUGAGACUGUCAGCGUCCUGGUUCAGGAGUGUCCUGCUGACUCAGAGUCUCCACUCCUCUGGAAUUUCACCAACCUGUGCCUGGUGGCGCUCAACAUCACCCACAAAUCCAACCACAUCAUCAUCAACAGGCUGCAGAGGAGGCUCUAUGUCAACUCUCGCUACGCCAAGCCUCGAUUUAAGAAGUUUGGCUUUGAGGUCUACGACACAGGCAACAUGUACCUGAUCCGCAGCCCGGCUGGUCUCAAGCUGCAGUGGUACCACAGCACCGGCAUGAUGGUGAUCGACACCGACAGCUCCAGCAACAACAAGCUUCCCACUAUGGGCCUCUGUGGAUUCUGUGAUGGAGACCCAACAAAUGACCUGACUAUGGCCAAUGGCACCACACUGGGCGUAGGUGAGGAUCCAGCUCUGUUCAUCGACAGCUGGCAGGUUCCCAACACCACCAGCUACAUCAGCAACAGUCGCCGCCGCGAGCUCAACUGCUCCACAAGUGACUGCUCCAUCUGCCUGGACAUGCUGCAGAACCACGCCUUCACACCCUGCCACGCCUUCGUCCAGCCAAGCACAUUCUGUGAGGUUUGGGUACGAGAUGCAGAGUAUGUCAACAACCAGUGUGUGGCGCUGGCUGCCUACGUUGCUUCUUGCCACAAAUUCAACAUCUGCAUUGAGUGGAGAAGUCCAGAUUACUGCCCCUUCGUGUGUCCCGACACUCUUCAGUAUCAGGCCUGUCUGCCAGCCUGCACGUCUCAGUCCUGCCCAAACCACGACUUUGACUCAGACCCGGAUCAGUGUUCAGGCCUGACCGAGGGCUGUGUGUGUCCUGAGGGAACGCUGCUCCACCGGCCGUACUCCGCCCUCUGCAUCUCACCUGAGAAGUGUGCCUGCACUGACAGCUCAGGCGUUCCUCGUGCACACGGCGAGGUGUGGAAAGCUUCAAAGGAUGCCUGCUGCAUGUACCGCUGCGACAACGACACCAUCGUACCCAUGGAGUACAACUGCUCCAACGUGGUGGUGCCAGUGUGCCGCAGAGUAGCGGAGGUGAUCAUCAGCCUGGCUGAUGACACCAGCUGCUGCCCACAGAAAGUCUGCGUGUGUAACCAGAGCCUGUGUGACCUGCUCCCUCCUGAGUGUAAAUACGGGGAGAAGCUGGUGUCGUACUACAGACAGGACUCCUGCUGUCCGGACUACGUGUGUGAGUGUGAUCCUGAACUCUGUGAGUCGGAAAAUCCCACCUGCAGAGAGGACCAGACUCUGAUUGCCACUAGAGCUGACGGCAGCUGUUGUCUCGCUCACAUCUGCAUGUGUUCUUCCUGUCUGGAGACGCCUCCUCUCUGCCUGGAUGGCGAGGUGCUGACGGUGGACAGUAACACCACGGACCGCUGCUGCCCCGCCUACCAAUGUGUGUGUGAGCCCUACAGGUGUCCUCAGCUUAGUUGUCCUGUUGGGAUGUCGGUGGUGUCCGUGUCCAGUCCGGGUCGCUGCUGUCCCAACCAAACAUGCGAGUGUUCCUGUGAAAAGAUCGCCUCCCCAAAAUGCGGCCUGGGAGAAGCUGCCCAGCUGGACCGGGCCUUCCUGUCCGACCCACAGAACCAAUGUGCCUGCAAAAGAUACAAGUGUGUGCGCGAGGCAGUGUGUGUGUUCGGCGAGCGAGGCGUGUUGCGGCCGGGUCAGACUCUGGUGGAGCACGAUGAUGACGGCUUGUGUCACAGCAGGCAGUGCAGCCGCAGCCUCGACCCGGCGAGCGGCUUCCACAUGCUCCGCACCAGCAGCAUCAACUGCUCCGCCCACUGCCAACCAAAUCAGAUUUACAUCCCUCCCAAGGAUCAGUCGACGUGCUGCGGUGUUUGUAAGAAUAUUUCCUGCCUCUACGAACACGAGAACGGCACAACAGUUCUCUAUAAGCCGGGGAAGUCCUGGGUAUCAAACUGCAUGAAGUUCGACUGCGCAGAAACUCUGUCCGGACCCACGCUCAUCUCGUACUCCUUCAGCUGCCCACCGUUCAAUGAAACCGAGUGCAUGAAGAUCGGUGGAACUGUCGUAAGUUACAUGGACGGAUGUUGCAAGACAUGCAAAGAAGACGGCAAGUCGUGUCAGAAGGUGACGGUGAGGAUGACAAUCAGGAAGAACGACUGUCGCAGCAACAGACCGGUAAACAUUGUGUCAUGUGACGGGAAGUGUCCGUCUGCCAGCAUCUACAACUACAACAUCAACACGUAUGCUCGCUUCUGCAAGUGCUGCAGGGAGACAGGGCUGCAGCGACGCUCCGUGCAGCUCUACUGCAGCGGCAACGCAACCUGGGUCAGCUACACCAUCCAGGAGCCCACCGACUGCUCCUGCCAGUGGUCCUAAACACACACACACACACACACUACAUACACACACAGUGUGAUAGAAGAAGAGGAAGAAGAACCACUCAGCCAUGUUGCUUUAGGAUGUUUGGAGAGUGAAAUACUGAGCUGUUGAUUGAUUGGCAGGACUGCAUGACUUUUGCUCUAACAGUUAGUUGUCCUGAUGCCUAUGCUGGCAGGGAGGUGGUACUGCACCACCACUCAGUUGGCAGCUGCUAACUACAGGGCACUGAAAGUGACCUUUGACCUCUGAUAUUUACCUUCCCUGGGAAACAAAAAGACUAUAGCAUGGCCUAUUUGACACCACAAGAUGAGUAAUUUGGGAUUUUUAUUGCUUAAAACUUCAUUUAUUAAUAUCAUGUCUUAAAGGACAAAUUAUGGACUUUGAAACAGUUUUUUCUUACUGUAAUAUUGCCUCCUGUUCAUACUGGCCAUGAAAAGUUCCCUUCUUAAUGUGCAUUCAGUGUGAGUGAUAGUGGACAAAAUCCACAGUACUCAGUCUGUGCAAAGAUGUUUUCUUUUAUGAUCAUUUUAGUACAAAAGUCCCUUUAUUUCCUGGACAGUCACUUUGGAAGAUACUCGAUUUGUCUAACUCAGACCGCUGAAGCCUCAGAUCAACUUCAAAUAAGUUAUUUCUUUAAGGUAUUUCUGUCCAUCUCUUUCAUUGAAAGCACAUUAGGAAGUUUCUUAACAGCCAAUAUGAACAGAGAUGAUUCAACAAAAAAAACCCCAAACAAACCAAAAACACUGCUUCUUUGUUUAUAUGGGCACCUGACGACUACGAAGUAUUAUAUAUAAUUAUGGAACUAUUAUAUAUAAUGCAAACUGUCAUUGCAGUGUUUGUCAGCACUUUGAAAUGUCAAAAGAAAAAAUUUAAAUAAAAUAAGAUUAUCCACUUAAUCUCAAUUGAAAAUGGAUUGCCAUGAGAAAUAGUUCAUGCUAUAUAUAUAUAUAUAUAUAUACAUAUAUAAAAUAAAAUAUUGGACAGCACAGAAAGUCAUCACACAAAUAUGUAAUAGAAAGAAAUCACAAAUAAUGUUACGUUGCUCAUUGGAAUUGAGUUGACUUUUAUUAUUUUACCGCACUUAGUAGUUAUGGUGCUUUUGCUCGCAACAUUUUAGCUGCUUUUUUUUUCAUAAAACCAGCAGAUUUCUUGCCUGUGUCUAAAUACUGUUCUGAUAAUACCUAAUUGAUAAUUGAUCAAAACAAUACAUUGACACCUUUAAAAACACAAUGCAAAGAGCUACAGCUUUCUGCUUUACUGUACUGCCGCUCUGCCACCUCCCUGUCAGCCUGCAGAGAAGAGAAAAUGUUCAGCAAAGGCAAAAGUAAGUUGAUCUUUAGUGUUUUAGUGGGAACUUGUUUCCCCGCUCGUCUUCUCAGAGUGUUUCUGUGCUGUUAUGGCUGAAAAGUAAAAGAUUUAAAAAUAUAUAUCAAAAAGUUUUGAAAAUGAGUUUGCAAUACAUUCAAUCAGGAAACAUCAUCAUCCUUUGGAGAUUAAUAUUUUACCCAGAAUUCCUCAUUAUGUUGCCUUGUUUUUGUAAAUAACUCAGUUUCCUAACUUUUAAAAAUGAUUUGCAAUAUCAAAUUCUUAGAUAUUUCACUUUUAGAAAGACAACAAUAAACUGUAUAUUCAGUGAUGUGAAAUAUACUUUAUAUAAUCAACACUAGUGAGGUGUAUUAACUGAUUUAAAUCCAGCUGUAUGUGGAGCACUUUAUUUAUUUAUUGGAGUUUGAUAGAGCACAGCUGUUCUGAUCUUGUGGAUGACAACACGAUGAGAAGAGAAGCCCAACUGGAGAACAAACAAAACCAAACAGGAUCCAAAACUUUGAUUAGUUUUUUUUCCCGAUGACAGAAUACCGUGAGGGCAAAGAAGAUAUCAGGAGAGCAUGGUGGUGCGUUAUAGAUGCAUGUUUCUCUGUGGACUAAAUUCUUAAUGUGUUUGUUCAUGUCAAACAGACCCGCCUGGAUAGUCGAGUUCAAGAGGAUUUGUAUCAUACAAAUGUACAUUUGCAUUUUCAAU